GCACAUUAACUCAACAAAUGUACACGCAGGUGCUGGGAUUCGGGCGCACUGAGAAGACAGUGCUGGGUGAGGAGCUGUGUGGAGCGCGCCUGCGUCUGACCGCGUGCAUGCGCGAAAAUUGGUACCACGUGGUGUGCGGUAUCGGCAGCCCACACGGCGGCGUCUGCACCGGAGACUCCGGCGGUCCACUGCUCUUUGCCGGCACUCAGUUCGCCGUCACCUCUAUGGGCCCUGUGGUCUGUGUGACUUCUGCAGUACCAGCGCUCGGCACCGUCAGUGUAUUCACGACACUGCGGCCGUAUAUUGACAUGCUAAACGCGACCAUCACAGAUGCUGAUGUAGCGUUGCGCAUGCGUAUGAUCUCCGCCGCGGCACCAUCCUAUCAAGUAUCGGAGAACAAGAACUUCUUAAGAAUGAUUUUGAAUCUUUACGUAGCUCUGUAG